AUGUCGAAAGAGAUAAAGGAAACGUGGGACGUUUUGGUUCCCGUAGGCUCAGGUAAGCGUGAUCACUGAAGGUAAAUACGGUACUUAUACAUGCUUUGGCUUCUUGAUGAUUAAGCCUCAUGUAAGGGAAUCAAGACAGGGUUCCAAUCACUGUAUUCCAGUAUUUGUCAGGGGACUUGGGUUCUUUUUCAAUCAUUAGUGGGAUUCCGGAUUCCACUAGCAAAAUUUUCUAGGAUUCCGGAAUUCGGAUUCCCUUACAUGGGGCAAAUGAUUGACUAAUACACAAGUUUAGUCAAUUGUUUUUAUUAAUAUAUACACAAGUGGCAAGGAUUUUUUUUUUCUUUUUUUUUGGCGGGGGUGGGGGAAGGAUGGAAGAUCUUGUAAGAAAUUAAUUAUGAGUUAUAGGGUAUGAUAUUUAUUUCGCAAAAAAAUAACAAACAAAUAAGCAAUUGUGUGGUGAAUUUUGAUCUACAAGAGUAGUUUUAAUCUAUUUUUAAAUUUACCAGGUCACUUUGCCCUUCCGUUGUUUUCCUUUUUGUACCUUAGCUAGUUACGUUCUAACGGUAGCCCAUAGUUAUAGGUUCCUGCUUCUAAUCGGUCAUUUUUCUCUAGGAGGGGCGGGGGGAUAGGGCAAUUCUCUCAAAAGCUACAGUGAUAAUACAGAGCCCGGUGUCAAUUAAGAAUGAGUGUUCUAGAACGGGGCGUGAAAAUAAGCGCCUCACUGAAAAAUUAUCAGAUUUUUGUUUAAAAUCCGCACUGGAAUUGCCGCUAAUUAUACAUGCCACAUUUACUGAUGGCCUACACUGGCCUACCAAAUCGCGCGGACUUCUAGUAUUUUCUACAGCACUAAUCACUAAUACUUCCAACAGGGGCCCUCUUUUGACUAGGAAUGGCGGCACAAACCCAUUUAGAAUCUAGCUUGGUAAAAUCCCUCCCUCUAGGAAAUAUUAGAAUGCCUAAAUGGAUGCAGGCCAGCCGUUUAUUGCUUGGGAAAAGUUCCAAACAGUUUGUUCUAUUCAGCCUCUUACCACAAACUAACAAACCAUAAUGCUACCAAAACUCAUUUUAGGUUUAUUCUUGUACGCAGGGGUUUGUAGACAAUGCCGUGGUGACCAUCUAAGAACUGUAGGUUCUACUGACGCGGAUUCCGAAGUACAAGAUCCCGGACUGGCGUCCACGUCUCACCCAGAGCCUCAGAUUCACGAACCUUCAUGUUCUACGGAGUCCGCAGAGGAAAUAGUAGAGCCACCACAGUUACUACCGCCUGCUACAGAAGAAUCAGAACAAUUGUCUGCUACCCCUGUCCUUCACGUAAGAUUCCAAGAAGAUCUCAUUAGUGAGGUAAGUUCUUCUUCGGCAGUGUGUGAAUGAGUUUACUGAUUUCAAAGGGGCGGGACGUUUGCGUCACUUACUUUGUAAUUGUUGUCAUAAUCCACUGAUCUUUAGAACAAAUCAGGAAAGGAGGGAGAGGGGUCGUUGUUGCUUGAUGCAUUGGGCGUAAUGUUGGUUCUCACACUAAUUUGCAUAGACUUUGAAUAAAAUCGGAAUAAUUCGUUAAAAUUGGUUGUUAUACUGAGAGUCACUAUAUGGUUGAGUCAUAAAAUUUUCUCCUUUCAAAGAAUGCCUGUCUUCGAGUAUGCUUUGCGGUCGUGGUUUCGAAUGUUGCUCACUCUUAUUUAUCGAACUUCCUUUGAAGCAUAAAGCGCGAAAUUUAAUAAAAUAUAAUCAUCAAUAACUCGUAACAAUUACUAUUCAAAGCUCAUUCUACUCCUGUUAUUAAUCUUAGAGAGGCUUGAGUAGAUUCAUAUAGCGUUCAUAAACAAAGCCACAACCGGCGCAAAGCAUACCGGCCAAUAGGAAUUCUUUAAUGUAAAACUUGUGCAUGCUGACUAUACGGUAAUGAUGCCAAACUGAUGGAAUAAUUAGAUAUUUCCUAGAUACAGCUUUUUUCUCUUCCAGCAUAGCGAUCGCGACUCAGACCCCAGCGAUCGCCAUUCAGACGCUUUGUCGCGGACGUCUUCUGGAUCCCAGGAGUCUCUUGGCGCAGCAGAGAAAUCGGCAGAAUGGCAGCCCACCCCUCAAAUACAGCACCGCCUUUAUUACCUUAAUAAUUUCCUCAGAAUGGCUACUGAAGGCAGGGUCAGCCCGGUGAGGUCACAGUGCCAAUGUGACGUUCUUACUAUGUCAUCCAGAACCCAGCGCUACUACCGGAAAAAAGCUGAGCAGGCUAUCGAAGGCGUGCUUGAAUCCAUUGCCCCUGGCAACGCCUCCUGGCUCUACCACCAAGUCAUGCAUCGGCGGAUUCGUUUAAAAGCGGCCGAGGGUAUAGUCGAAGACACGCUGGUUGCCAGACUGGUGAUUCUGUAUGAGGAAGCCGCCAAUUGGUACACGAGACAACAGAUCCUGUCGCUUUUCGUGAACGACUACUCGAAGAGCGAGCUAUUGGCUUUGAUUCCGGGUCUCUCAAAAUGGAGAAUCGACGAGGCAAGGAAGCACGCUUUCCAAACUAAGUCCGGGCAACCCAUUGACCCACCAAGGAUCACCAGAUGCCGUUUGGAUGCUGUGAAAGUUGACCACUUUCUUGACUUCUUGUCCAGUCCAUCAGUUCUUCAAGAUGUGGCAUAUGGCACCAGAACUCUUAAACUGGAGAGUGGAGAGAGCUUAGAGAUCCCGAACAUGGUGCGCACACUUAUAUCCUCCCACCUAGUGCGCAUGUACCUAAACUUUUGUGUAGAGUCCAAUUUUGAGCCUCUCGGACGCUCCACGCUCUUCAAUAUAAUCAAGGUACGGAUUAUAAAACGUUCGUAAAGGACGAAUUUUGAUCAGGGUUAAUUGUAGUUGUAGUAGUGGUGUAGUAGUAGUAAUGGUUUGCAUUUAGAAAUUAGUUUGAAACCAAAGCAUUUUGUUUCUCUUCAGGUUUGUGGGGCUUCACUAAAGAAAUCGUUAGCCGGUCUUGAUAGCACUCAGACAGAUGGGGUACAGGCGCUCGCCACUCUUGAAGACAUCACUCAUCAACUCAAACAAGCCGGUGAGAUACAAGCACCUUCCAUUAUUACUGUAGGUGCACGAGUCGUCACAACUUUUAAUAAGCUGACGGAGUAUCAAUAUUUAUUAUUGUGUGUAUUUUUUCUAUCACAGGACUGGAUAGCACAAUGGCCGAUAACAUUCUAGUGCGACUCAAAGCAGGUCGGCAGUAUCUGAAGACGGAUUUCAAGAUCCACACAGCCAGCGAAUCCCCGUGCGCAGAUCACUGCAGAGUGUUCGCCCUCAGUAGGACAGAGAAAGAGUACAACGGUCAGUGCCAACAUCAGCAUACCAUAACCUGUGACCGGUGCGAAGACCUAAAGAAUGUUGUCUCAGAUCUGCAACUAGCGUUGGAUUCAGGUGAAGUACAUCUAAGGUAAGAACAUCUUUGUGACAGAAAAGCAGAGUUUAGCAUUUAUUAUCAACUAACAACCUAAUCCCCAGGGCGCUUUAUAUGAGUUUCAGUUAGAAAUGUUAAAUUGCUUUGUGUGGUUCUAAACCUAAAGAACAUAUAUGUUUUAAAUGAAACGCAGUUUACGAAAAAAGUGAGAGAGUCAUCAUUAUUUUUUGAUAAAACGGCUCCAAAGAAAAUUUCUGACGCUAUCGCGCCGUGAUGUUGACAAGCUCUACUCUUUCCCUUUUUAGUCCUGAUAAGCGAGAGGAGUUACAGCAUGAUUUGAGCUGCGCUGCGCCGAGCAUAGAAGAUUGGAAGUCGCACGUUCUCCGUUCAGUUCACCAGGAUGCGGCCAAGAGCGAAAUUGUUGAUAGCCUGAAACCAUCACAGAUUCUGCUAAUAAUAGACUGGGCGAUGAAGUUUAUUCCCACCAGCUUUCGCGAAACGCAGCGCGACUGGUUUGGAAAGAAGGGGAAGUCCUGGCAUCUCUCAGUGGCCAUCACUAAAGCAGAAGAUGGAACAAUUGAGGGAGAAAUCAUGUGCCUACUCUUCUGUCUUUAUCACUCACUGACCACUAUAAACUAGUUUCUCGUGAGCGCGGUCUUUGUUGCGCUAAACGAUUGCAAAAUUGGAUAACUGAUAAGAAUGCCAGGCCGAGAAAGGACGGGAAAGCUUAAAUUCCUAAUAGUAAAUUUCAACAUUUCAUUGCUUUCGACACUUAUAUAAAGAUAAAACGUUGGCGACGCACGUAAGCGCGCGCAAAAGCGCAUGGGACGGAGUACAUUUUUAAUCCAAAUAAAAGGCCAUAAACAUUCUCGAAAAAAGCAGACCUUCCCGGGUGUUAUGUCUGUUUCAAGUCAAAAUGCGCAGGUUAAUAUUCCAUUAGCCCUUGACUGUGACCAGGUCCCUUGGCGCACUAUUCAUGGUAAAAAAUGCUUUACUAUUAUGAUUUUCAGACACGUACAUAUAUCCACUUAUUUGAUGAAUGCAAUCAAAACUGGUUCAGCGUUGCCUCCAUCAUCGAAGAUUCACUAACCACCAUGAAGCGACAGAAACCUAGACUGAAUGAAGCUUUCCUAAGAUCUGACAACGCAGGCUGUUAUCACUGCGCAUUUCUUCUUCUCAGUCUUCCAAGCCUUGGACAGCGGGUUGGUGUCCUCAUAGCUCGUUUUGACUUCAGUGAGGCCCAAGCUGGGAAAGACAUAUGUGACCGCCGAGCCGCCGCCUUGAAGAGCCACAUUAGGCGCUACAUUAAUGAAGGCAAUGACGUCAAGACAGCAAGUGACAUGAAAGCUGCUAUUGACUCGCAUGGGGGCGUCAAAGGCUGCUACUCAGUGGUGUGCAAGGUUGACGAAAGGUCCCAAAACAUGACCAAGCACUCGCUGAGUGGCAUACAGUCUUUGAACAACUUCGUGUUCACUGAAAGUGGAGAGAUGAUCGCUUGGCGGGCGUACAAUGUCGGACCCGGAAAGGUCUUUUCCGCGGCGUCGCUAGCGCAUCCGCCUCAGUUUCCCAUAGCCAGUCGGAAGACCCGCUGCCAACAGCUGACAUGGGCUGGGCAUUAA